GGGUGCCCCAUCCUGGACCACACUCCGGCCUCACGGAAAACAACCUUAAUCAGCUCAACCAGCUGCCACCGCACGUAAGGCCCAGUGGGAGUAUGUUCCACACGCCCAAGACCCCGAGUUCGCUGUACGCCAUGUCCUCGAUACACCAGCAGCAGCAGCGGGAUCUACAGGCAAGGAGCCAACGCGAGCGCGACGACUAUCUCAGAAUGUCCGAAGACCGCGAGAGCAGGGAUUCGGAGCAAAACGAGGCUUUAUCGCUCGUCAUGACACCGAAGAAGAAGCGUCACAAGUCGUUCCCCCAUCAGGUGACAGACACGCGGAUAACACCGCGCACGGUCUCGCGUAUUCUGGCGCAGGACAGUGGCGGCUCGCAAGGUGGUGCCGAGAGUCCACCCCCACCGCCACCCCUGCCCCCACGGCCGUACCACACGCCAAUGUUGCCGGUCUCGCUGCCGACGAGCGUCGCGAUACCGAACCCCAGCCUACACGAGAGCCAGGUCUUCUCGCCGUACUCGCCCUUCUUCAAUCCACACGCCAGCCACCCCAGCCAGGUCCCGCCACCGGGCUCGCAUCACCUGCCCGCCAGUCCCCCCAGCGGUGGAGGAGUCGAGCUUCGGGACUCAUCGCCGCUGCCCCAUCCGCCCGCCAUGCUGCACCCGGCCAUCCUUGCCGCGGCCCAGCACAGCAACUCCGACUUUGUGCAGCUCAGGAUGGACAGCAACGACCGGGGCAGUGACUGCAACUCCGGCGAGAUCAGCUACGACGGCAUGCAGCCUACAUCGACGACGUUGACGCCGAUGCAUCUCAGGAAGGCCAAGCUGAUGUUUUUCUGGGUGAGGUAUCCGUCCUCGGCCGUCCUCAAGAUGUACUUCCCGGACAUCAAGUUCAAUAAGAACAACACGGCGCAGCUCGUCAAGUGGUUCUCCAACUUCAGAGAAUUCUACUACAUACAGAUGGAGAAGUACGCGAGACAGGCUGUCACGGAGGGCGUAAAGGCAAUCGAGGAUCUCCAGGUCGGCGGUGACUCCGAGAUCUUCAGGGUGCUCAACCUGCACUACAACAGAAACAACCACAUUGAGGUGCCACCGAAUUUUCGAUUCGUGGUCGAGCAGACGCUCAAGGAGUUCUUCAAGGCGAUCCAGGGGGGCAAGGACACGGAGCAGUCGUGGAAAAAGGCGAUCUACAAGGUGAUCUCGAGGCUGGACGAUCCGGUGCCCGAGUAUUUCAAAAGCCCCAAUUUUCUGGAGCAGCUCGAGUGAAGCGAGCGACGUCGCUCUUCGCGGUCUUCUCAAAAGUUACCUUUGCCGACGGCAAGGAAGGUCCCUGCCGUCGUCCGGUAAUGCAACCCAACAGUCAUUGUCCAACGUCACGUGCGCGAUUGCUACACGGAAUAAAAUAUAAAGUAUCGUGCGCGAUAUAAGAAUGUGCGGGAACGGAAAACGGAUGAGUAUCGAGGAAAUAAGUAUCUUCACGUGGGAUGGAUUGAUAAGUGUGUAUACGCGAGAGCGAGGGAUCCAAAGUCCCCUCCCCCUAGCCUAACCUAUCAAUUAUUACCAGCCGAGCCAGAGAUAUGAGGUAUCCUUAGUAUAGUCACAUAUCGAAGCUAACAAGCCAAAUAAGCGACGGCGAACGAACGGCAAUGUUGUUGUUGUUGUUGUUGUUGUUGAGUCUCUCGUUGGAGAAAAGGAAACAAAAGGUACACAACGACACCACGACGAUAAUAAUGAUAAUGCAAUCGAUGAUGCCGAAAGAUAGUGAGAGAGAGCCAAUAUUUUGUUGGAGAGGUUCCUUCGCGGAGUAAUUGCACUCCACCUGAAGGAUCCGUACGACGUUUUGAGGAGAAAAUCGAACGGCAUCGGUUGCAGCGUAGCUCGAGCGAGUCCUUGAAGGACGAAACACAUGUGCCGAAGCAGAGCAGUGCGUGUCAAUUAAAAAAAAAAAAAACAGAGUAAGAGAGUUCGCAGCGCCCUCUUGCAUGAACAAACAUUGAAACCGAUGGGGCGGAGCUGGAGGGCUCUCGGAAUCGCUGCUCGUUUUCCAAGUGAUACAACAUGAUGCGGCUCGCUCGGGCUGCUAUCGACCUUGCGUCUAGGGUGAGAAGAGGAGCCGGAGAAGAAGAUGCCCAAGGUGUCAAGAGGAGGACACAUCGACGACAGCAGCAGCUGUGGCAGCGACUGAGCGCGGCUAGCGUUGAAAAGUAGUAAAACGAAACCGAGUCGUUUAUUAAUAUUAUCAUUAUUACUAUUACUACUACUACUACAACAAUCAUAAUGCAUAAUAUGUGUUUGUGAGUCGAGUCGAAGAGUAUCGAGAGAUGUUACAUGAUUCCAAAGCGAGAUGUCUCAACCUUUGAACCGUUCGCAUCCGGUGUUAUACGUAUAUAUAAAUAUGUUACGUGGUAUCUUGUAUAAUCGGUAAACAAUAAUCAUGAUGCAGAGGUUUUUUUUCUUCUCAAUGCAGACUCAGAGGGUUGGUGGAAUCGUGGCCACUGUCUUACCAAGAUCUAAUCGGCAAGUUUCUCCGUCGAAAGGGGCAAAAUUUAUGUCGAAAAAUCGUACAUCAACGAAUCAAAAUUCGAGAGCCGGUGCUUUGGAAAUAAAACAAGUUUUGGAGGAGAAAUUAAAUUUUUACUUGGGCAACGAAAUCGGUAGCGAUGUGUGACGGACGGUCGUACCUUUCGUUGGACAUCGCUACCCUCGGUCAGUGAAACUGAUGGAUUUUCGUACGUCAUAUUAAAUAAGUUUAAGAAUAGAGCUCGUGUGGAGUAAAACUUUUUGUACAAGUCGGAGAAGCUCCGAAUCGAUCUUGGUACUCAGCGCCCUCUGUUAAAUCGAAAUACUACUUCUCUCGGAUGUCGUUUGGUGAAAUGAAACAUUGCUUCUGGAUAGGAAAAGUUAAAGAAAGACAAAUAUCGAACUGACGAUCGCACGAGUGAUGGAGACGCGUGAAAUGGGCAUAUCGCGUAUUUUAAUAAAAAAAAAUGAGACAAAAGGAAGCGACGGGUUAUUGUACAGUUUCUUCGUCACUCGCGCAAAUUUCUUUCAUUUUUCCUAUUCAGGGUUGCCGUGAAAUCGUAGGAUCUCACGAAAAAAAUUUUCGAAAAAUAUAGGCAUUGAACAGGUAUUGAACAUUAAGAUUUAAGAUAGAAAAAGAGAGAGAGAAGUAAAAUGUAUAUAGUUUUGUUCUGUAUAGGCGAUUGAUGUGUUAAAAUAUUGGUGCAACGUCAAGUAUAUAAAAAUAUUCGAGGUAAAGAAAGCUCUGGUAUCUACAUAAGAUACUUGUCGCAAUAAUAUGAUUAAUCACACUGAACCAUUUAUAUAUAAACAUACAUAUAUACUUAGUGAAGAGAGACGAGCUCCGGACCCAAAGAUUUUGUGGGCUCGUCUUUCUUCGACAUUUAUAUCAAACACACCAAAACACUAUUCUUUGACUACCGCACAUGUAUACAGGGGGGUCGAAUGGGUCUUUUGUAUUACCAUUAUUAUUUUAUUUAUAUUUCAAGCGAUUAUCGAAAGA